GUUUGACUCAUGUAGUUUUGAGUCCAAGUAUUGAAGGCGAGCUCUAACACGUACCUGAUGGUAAAGUGAAAUUGCUGAAUAUGCCUCCGGCUGUUGAUGAUGGAAUCAAAAACAAAAAUGGGAAAAUGGGAGUGAAGAAAAAUGAGAGUUUAUGGGAGUUAUCAAAAGUUGGAUAUCAUUUUGGAACAAGUGGUGUUGCCGUUGCUGCUGCCACUGCCAUUACACAUCCUUUAGAUGUACUCAAAGUUAGAUUGCAAAUGCAACUUGUUGGACAAAGAGGUCCGUUAACUGGAAUGGGAAAAACUAUGGUUCAAGUUGUUAGGAAAGAAGGACCGCGGUCCUUGUAUCUCGGUUUGACUCCAGCAUUGUCGAGGUCAGUUCUAUAUGGAGGUCUACGCUUAGGUUUGUAUGAACCUUCUAAAAAUUUAUGUGAACUGGCCUUUGAGUCCACUAACAUCUUCAUGAAGAUUGCGUCUGGAGCAGUUUCUGGUGCUUUUGCAACUUUGCUGACCAACCCUAUGGAAGUUAUUAAGGUGCGUCUGCAAAUGGACCAUAACCUGCGUAAAGGAGCUAUAGAUGAGCUGCAGAAAGUUGCUGCAAAAGAGGGUGUAGCAGCUCUUUGGAAGGGAGUUGGACCUGCAAUGGCUAGGGCGGGAGCUUUAACUGCAUCACAGCUGGCUACAUAUGAUGAGUUCAAGCAGGUCUUGCUAAAAUGGACGCCUCUUAAAGAAGGAUUUUAUCUUCAUCUCAUCUCGAGUACCAUAGCGGGCUCUGUCAGCACCCUCAUAACUGCACCAAUGGACAUGGUUAAAACUCGUCUCAUGCUACAGCGAAAAUCUAUGAGAGACGGAGCUUACAAAAACGGGUUCCACUGUGCAUAUAAGGUUCUGAUAACAGAGGGAACUCGUGGGCUCUAUAAAGGGGGCUUUGCUAUAUUUGCAAGAUUAGGUCCACAAACUACCAUCACAUUUGUAGUAUGUGAGAAAUUGCGAGAGCUUGCUGGACUGAAAUCAAUCUAGUCUCUAAAUCUACCGGAAUGUCUUAUUCUUGCCUGCAUUUUUAUUUGCAUCCUGCAGAACCUAAGUAAUUUCUAGUACUCCCUUAGACAAAUUUUAGCGUUCUCAAUACUUGUUCUUUUCGUUCAUUUGUAGCCCAUUCAUAAAGUUCAAUAUUUUUCGCUUAGAUGUAGCAAACGAAUUCUUUUUGGCACUGUAUGCUUUUACUUGACUGAAUGUUGUAAUUUAUUGCAUUUGAUGUUUGGCAUGGUUAAGACGUGCCACCAUCAUUUAAUGGUUCAGUACUGGAACUAGUUCAGUUUUAUCCC